UUAAUACGACCGAUUAGACGCUACAGCAAAGCCUUCCGUUUGUCGAAAUGAACUAUUUCAACGGAAUACUAGUUUUGUUCGUUUUGGCUACUCUUAACAUUGUGGUCUCCGAGCAUGUCUGUGGAUUUGAGUCCUGCCCUAAGACCAAAUCAAAUAUGAUUAAUGUGCAUUUAGUUCCCCACUCACACGAUGAUGUCGGUUGGCUAAAAACAGUUGAUCAAUAUUACUAUGGAAGCAAUAACAAUAUUCAGCAUGCAGGCGUCCAAUAUAUAUUAGACACAGUAGUGGAAGAGUUAUUAAAGGACUCAAGGCGUCGUUUCAUACAAGUAGAAACAUCAUUUUUUUUUAAAUGGUACUCUGAACAAACGGUGACUAUGAAGAUAGCUGUGAAGCAAUUAGUCGCUGAAGGACGCCUGGAAUUUGCUGGAGGAGCGUGGAGCAUGAAUGAUGAAGCUACAGUUCACUACCAAAGUGUCAUAGACCAAUUUAAUUUAGGCUUAAAAUUUUUGAAAGAUACUUUCGGGACUUGCGCUCGUCCUCGAAUUGGUUGGCAGAUAGAUCCCUUCGGGCAUUCCCGAGAAAUGGCUUCUAUAUUUGCACAAAUGGGUUACAACGGUGAGUUUUUUGCUCGCAUGGAUUAUGUUGAAAAGAACACACGUCUGAAAUCCCUGGCAAUGGAAAUGAUUUGGAGAUCUAGCGAAUAUUUUAAAGACUCCGAAAUUUUCACUGGUUUGCUUUAUCAGCACUAUGGAUCUCCUCCCGGGUUCUGCUUUGACAUCCAUUGUCAGGAUGAUCCCAUAAUUGACGGAAAGAGCUACGACAAUAACGUGGACAAACGAGUCGAUGAUUUCAUUGCCUACGUAACGUCAAUGUCAAAGUCGUUCAGAGCUAAUCAUAUAAUGGUUCCAAUGGGUGAUGAUUUCCAAUAUGAAGACGCCGAGGUGAACUUUAAAAAUAUGGACAAACUAAUUAAGUAUGUUAAUAACCGUCAACUGGAGGGUUCAAAAAUCAAUCUAUUUUACUCAACUCCAUCUUGCUACCUCUACGAAUUGCAUCAGUUACUGCAAAGUUGGCCAAACAAAACCGAGGAUUUCUUUCCAUAUUCUAGCGACAAUCAUUCUUAUUGGACUGGAUAUUUUACUUCACGUCCAACCCAAAAACGUUUCGAGCGGGAUGGAAAUCAUUUCCUUCAGACGGUUAAACAACUUAGCACACUAGCUAAUCUGACCAGCGUUAAGCAUACAAAAUCCCUAAGCAUCUUGCGGCAGGCAAUGGGUGUUAUGCAGCAUCAUGAUGCUAUAACGGGCACUGAAAAACAGGCAGUUGCCCAAGACUACGAUCAAAUGUUAUACAACGCAAUUAUUGGAGCCGAAAAUAAUGCUCGCGAUGCUCUGCGUGUGUUAACCAAUCAUACUAGUGCGGAGUUCCAAACUUGCUUAGAAUUAAAUAUAAGUGUUUGCGCGCUUACACAGACAAGUGCUAACAACAUAGUGGUAACAUUAGUUAACCCGCUGGCUCACACUUCUUCCCAAUAUGUGCGUGUGCCUGUAACGGAAGAAAACUAUCAAGUCACCGAUGAAAACGGUCGUGAAAUAUCAUCGGAGAUUGUACCAGUGCCAUUGGAAAUUUUAGGUCUUCAACACCGUUCGAAUGACACUCAGCAUGAAUUAGUCUUUAAAGCCAGUGUGAAAAAAAUUUCCAACUUCUAUAUUCGCGUACUUCCCUUACCGAGAAAGAAAAAUGACUUAAUUAACGAUCAAACAAUACCCAUAGCUGAGAACGACGCAGAUGAAUUCACGUUAGAGAACUCACUUAUAAGGCUUGUGUUCACCAAAAGUACAGGCCACCUUAAAGCUGUAAAAAUGAAUGGUGUAUCCGAAAAUAUUCAUCAAAGCUUUGCCAUUUAUAAAGGCUUCCAGGGCAAUAACGGCAUUUCAAAAAAUCGGUCCUCAGGUGCAUAUGUUUUUCGUCCAGACGGAGAAAUUCAAGUUCUAAGCGAUAAAAUAGAAUAUUCAAUUUACAAUGGUAAGAAUGUUAGGGAAGUUCAUCAACAUGUGAACGAGUGGAUUUCCCAAGUAAUACGUAUUUAUGAUGGAGUAAACCGUGUGGAGUUUGAAUGGCUAAUUGGGCCAAUUCCAACAGACGAUGGUGUUGGAAAAGAAAUUGUUACUCGCUUUACAAGCAACGUUUACUCGAAUGGCACUUUUUACACUGAUUCCAAUGGUCGAGAAAUGCUCAAACGUAAAAGGAACCAACGAGAAUUCUUCGAACCAGAUAUGACAGAAGAAAUAAGUGGAAAUUACCAUCCAGUUACCGCACAAAUGUACAUACAAGAUGAUCAUAAGCGCAUAACUCUACUCAAUGAUCGUUCACAGGGCGGAACUAGCUUGGAAGACGGUGAAUUGGAGCUGAUGCUACAUCGUCGUUUAUUAAAUGACGAUGCAUUUGGGGUCGGCGAAGCUCUUAAUGAAGAACAGUUUGGCAAAGGUUUGAUAGCACGAGGAAAAGUUUUUCUUAUUCUGAAUGCUGUCCCAGAGAAUCCAAAUUGUUUUGAGCGUUUAACCCACCAUGAAUUACAUUUGCCAUUUUGUAAGUUUUUCAGUAAAACAAAUACCGUUCCUUCGAUAGUUCAGCACAUGAUGCCAGAUUUUAACGAUUUUCCGGAAUCAAUGGAGCUUCUUUCCCUUGAGCCUUAUUCAACCAACAAAAUUCUUUUACGAUUGGAGAACUUUAAUUCCUGUGGAGGCAUAAAAAGCUACAACAUGCAUCCUCUUUUCGAAUCUUUGCGCGGACGACAGAUUUGGGAAGUAACUUUAGAUGGAAAUAUGCCUCUAAGACAAAUGAAGAGAUUCAAGUUUCAUCAUGAUGGUACCGGCAUUAUUCCUUCUUCAGUCAGUUACUUCUUUACUCCACAUAAGCCACUGGAGGCUAAUUAUACGAUGGAUGCUUCUAAGUUCAGUGUUACGCUGUUACCAAUGCAAAUUCGUACCUUUAUAGUCCAUCAGUAAUAAAUUAUUUACCACAUAAUUAUAUUUCUAAAACUGGAUUAGGUUGUCCGGUACUGUUGCUAAAUUAAAAUAAAACUAACUAAUUGCAUACAAUA